UCUCUCUUUCCGUGUUCAGGCGGAUGUUUCCCGCAAUGAGAGUGAAGAUCUCAGGUUUAGACCCACAUCAGCAGUAUUAUAUUGCUAUGGAUAUUGUGCCAGUGGAUAACAAAAGAUACAGGUAUGUUUAUCAUAGCUCCAAGUGGAUGGUGGCUGGUAAUGCUGACUCCCCGGUACCGCCUCGUGUUUAUAUUCACCCGGAUUCACCUGCCUCCGGGGAGACAUGGAUGAGACAAGUGAUCAGCUUUGACAAACUGAAGCUUACCAAUAAUGAGCUGGACGAUCAAGGGCAUAUUAUCCUUCACUCUAUGCAUAAAUAUCAGCCUCGUGUCCACGUCAUCCGAAAAGACUGUGGAGAUGAUCUGUCCCCCGUCAAGCCUAUCCCUUCAGGAGAAGGGGUGAAAGCCUUCUCCUUUCCGGAGACAGUUUUCACUACUGUCACAGCGUACCAAAAUCAACAGAUAACUCGUCUGAAGAUUGAUAGGAAUCCAUUCGCCAAAGGGUUUAGAGAUUCGGGACGUAACAGAAUGGGACUGGAAGCUCUGGUAGAGUCUUAUGCCUUCUGGAGACCUUCGCUGAGGACACUUACAUUUGAAGAUAUACCUGGGAUACCCAAACAAGGAAAUGCAGGUUCCUCUACUUUACUCCAGGGAUCUGGCAGUGGAGUGCCAUCUACUCACCCUCACCUUUUACCGGGUUCCCCUUGCUCAUCUCCAGCCUUCCACCUCAGUCCCAACACUAGCCAGCUCUGUAGCCUUGCUCCAGCUGACUACACAGCUUGUGCCCGCUCAGGCUUGACCCUGAACAGAUACAGCACUUCUUUGGCUGAAACCUACAACAGGCUCACAAACCAAACCAGUGAGACGUUUGCACCCCCGAGGACUCCCUCCUAUGUCGGUGUGUCGAGUAGCACAACUGUGAAUAUGUCUAUGAGUGGCAAUGAUGGGGAUGCGUUCAGCUGCCCGCAGACUGGCUUAUCUAUGCAGAUUUCAGGGAUGUCUCCACAGCUCCAGUACAUCAUGCCAUCCCCAUCCAGCAAUGCCUUUACCACUAAUCAAACCCACCAAGGCUCCUACAACACGUUUAGACUGCACAGUCCCUGUGCGCUCUAUGGAUAUAACUUUUCCACAUCCCCUAAACUGGCUGCCAGUCCUGAGAAAAUCGUUUCUUCCCAAGGAAGUUUCUUGGGGUCCUCGCCAAGCGGAACCAUGACGGAUCGGCAGAUGUUGCCCCCCGUGGAAGGAGUGCACUUACUUAGCAGUGGGGGGCAGCAGAAUUUCUUUGACUCUAGGACCCUAGGAAGCUUAACACUCUCAUCUUCUCAAGUGUCUGCACAUAUGGUUUGAUGAAGCCUUUAAGUAAAAGUACAGUAUGUUUGGUGUCUACAAUGUAUUUCUUUUGGAAUAUGAAAGGACACUUGAUGUAGCUUGUAAAGUGUGUGUAUAUAUAAUAUGAGAGGAAGUUUCACUGAAUUUUUGACUUGCUUGUGGCCAGAUUAUUCUCCGAUUUUGAGUUACACAGAGUUUGUUGCGGCGCAGACUGCUUUAGUUUUCUGGUAUAAUACACUUAGUUGUAUAACACGUUGGGACAUAUGCAACAAAUUAAGUAAGACUUCCUCCCCUUUCCCCCUCCUCUGUUCUAACCCCUUUAAAGAAUGAAAUGACACUUGGAGUAUUAAACAACACAAACAAGCCCACUUAUAUUUCCUAUAGUACUAGUGAGUUUCUUUAAAACAUUCAUACAAUGAUAAGCUGAUGCACCAAAGGCAUUUUACAAGUUUCUUUUCUGUUAUAAGGGAUAUGAAGGGUAUUUGGACUUUUAAGUGUUAAGCAUCAAGCAUCCAGCCUGAAAUAGAAGUUUAGCUAAUGGAUUAUUUACAAAGUAAACGGAAAGAUUAGUUUGCCUUCUCAUGAUAUGCUGUUUUUAGCUUAUCAACGGCACAGCAUUCUUACUAGGAUUUAUUUUUUUCAGCAUUAGUCUAGAUUUAUGUUUAGGUAUUUGAAGACAAAUAAUGCAUAUUCAAAUUGUGGUGACAGGAGUAAUUUAAACCAACAGCAGAAGAAGUAGCAUUCCUUGGUACAGAAUGAACUUUGGGAUGCUUCAUUUUUGUCAAAGGAAGGGCUUGAUGCAUUUUUUUCCUCCAUAAAUAUUGCCUAUAAGACAUUUACUGGACAGUAGGAUAUUCUAAUGUAUCUUUGUUUUUGUAUUUUUACUUUUUUAAAGGAAAAUGCAGGUUUGAUUUAGGAAAAAAAAAAAAGGUGAGCAGGAUGAGAAAUUCCAUUAUCGGUUUUACCCUUUUGCGUGUGUGUUGUGUUUUGGGUUU